AUGGCUGAGCAAAAGAGCCAGAGAAGCUCUAUCGUGGAAGAUGUCUUCAUCCCGAAAGAACUGCUCACCACCGCCAGAUUCAAUUCGCCUUGGGAAUUGGCUCGAUGGGAACAGUCUCUCCCCGACAACAACCGUAUUUCAUAUCCCACACCAAGUCGGACCAGCGCCAGUCGUCCUCUCAGUCUAUCCGCUCUACGAUCUGUAGCAAGACCACGAUCUGCAAUUCGUCCCCGUGGACGCAGUGAUCCCCCGGCCUUUCAGGAGGGUCUAUUUGAUUACUUUGAUAAACCGGCCUUCGAGCCCGCAACCCCAAUCCUCGAAACCGAGGCAGUCUCACCACCUCCAAGUGCAAAGCUGAGCCCUCAGCCACUCAGCAGGGCCAGCUCUCAAUCGAAAUCCAGUGGCGACAGCAGUCUACAGGAGGUUUAUGAAAAGGCCAAAUUAAGAGGCAUCGCUAUCCAACGCAAACACUGGGUCCGGCUCUUAUUCGAAUGGAGCAUCUAUGUGCUCCUCGUGCUGUUCGUCUAUUUCGUUCUAGUUGGUAUGCCUCUAUGGCGGGGUGCAGUGUGGUGGUUAUAUUGGGUUGUCCAAAACAAAUUCGUUAUCCAAGGAGGAUAUGCAAUUGUAAUUGGCUUGGCCGCACUAUAUGCCUUCUGUCCUCUUCUCAUUCUAUUCGAGAAAGACCCCCAACCGCCCGCCGUCGAAGAACAAGAUCUCGAGCGAAACUCCGAUAAUGUCAAAUCCACAGCCCUCCUUAUUCCCUGCUAUAAAUCAGCCACCAUCAUCGGCCCGACCUUGGACGCCGCCUUGAAAAUCUUCCCCAAAGAAAACAUCUUCGUCAUUGCAAACGGAAACUCCCAAACCCCUCUGGACAAUACCGAAGAAAUCUGCAAACCAUACGGCGUGAACCACCUCUGGGUCCCUAUUGGAUCGAAAAUCGUCGCCCAGUUCGUGGGCUGCUACGCCGCCAAGGAUUUUGAGAACGCCGUCCUCAUCGACGACGAUUGUCUUUUGCCGCCCAAUUUCCCAAUCGUCAGCGAUCGUCUAACCGGACGCGUUCGCUGUAUCGGCUAUACCAUCAAGAGUGUUGGCCCAAACUCUUCCAAGGGAACAUACUGCCAGCAGGCGCAAGAUCUCGAAUAUAAAAUGUCCGGUCUCCAACGAGACUUUUUUGGAAAAUGCGGCAGUGCUACUUUCCCUCAUGGCGCUAUCUCGCUUUGGAAUGUGGAAUUCUUGAAAGCUACUUUCCAUGAACAUCCUGGUUUCUCGGUCUCGGAGGAUUGGUUCUUCGGCGAUGCAUGUCGCCGUCUUGGUGGACGCAUUACGAUGUGUUCGCAGGUGUUUGUGGAGACUGAAACGCCCUCGUCGGUUUUCAUCAGCGGCAGUGGUAGUCGGGGCGGAUUCGGCGAGAUGACUAUCUUCUCGCAGAGAUUCAAGCGGUGGAAUUUCUUCUUUGUCAUUGGUAUAUAUUAUGAUCUCAAGUAUAUCUUCACCAGCUGGAAGCUUGGCUGGUGGGAACUCGGUGCGAAGCUUUGCGUGUUCCAAGAGGUGUACGAAACACUCAUCUACCUCCUCGCCCCCUUUGUCCUCCCCAUUUCUUUCAUUGUGCGCCCUGGUUUCUGCGGUAUGCUGUUGGGCGUCACGAUCGCCAUGUACCUGAUCAACACAAUCCUCUUCAACGAAAUUCACCUCCGUCUCAAGAAAGAGCGCAUCGACUGGAAGGUCUUGUUCUUCUACUACACUUUCUAUAAGAUCGCCUUGACGUUCAUCAAUGUCUUCAGCUGCUACUGGUCUCUCUACAAGUAUGCUCGAUACUUUGCCCAGCGCCACCCAAAGGUUAUCGAAGAUCGACAGGCUGUAGAGGUUCUUCUCAGUCUUGAGCAGGAUAGUCGACGCUCCUCGAUGGAUGAUGAUGUCAUUCCGCUUGAUACGCAGGCUGGAGAGGUUGGACGGGGAUUGGGGCGGAAGUUGACCUUGACGAAGGUGCAGGCUGGGAAGAAGCCUGCCCGUCCUCAAUCUCAAUCUCAGUCUCAACCUCAAUCUCGGGAUGGGGAGAAAGCCGCCGCUGCCCAAGAUGGCUGGAUAUAG